AUGAGUUAUUCAACCAAGCGAAGGGCUCAACGAUCUACUAUUGGCUUGCCUAUAAACGACUUUUUAGAAAGUCUGGACACAAAAUACGGCUCAGAAAUGACGCUUGACGACGUUUUUGAUGAUUCCAGAGAUUUCAGAGACCAAUACCAAAUGGGUUUUACGAAAAAUUCAACCCCUAUUAAAGAGCCUACCCCAGCAAAAAUGUAUAAAGAAAACUUAUAUGACACGUUAGGACUGACUCCAUCUUGCACAGCCAAAGACCUGAAGGCUGCUUAUAGAAACUUGAUUAUGAGGAUGCAUCCAGAUAAAGGAGGAGAUGGUGGUGUGUUUAAUAAAAUUCAGCUUGCUUAUAAAGUAUUGUCAGAUGAAGAGUCAAGAAUGCUUUAUGAUGAGUUUGGCGAGAGCGCGAUUGAUAUUAUACAAUCAUUUAGCCAAAGGCUGUAUUAA